AAGUCACGGGGAGAGUGAGAAGGCAGAUCUGUAGCUGCAGCGGUUUGACCCUCAAACUAGUAUUUAUCAGCCUCCCGAAAAACGCGCCUUAAGACGGUAUUCUCGCCAGAGUGGUUCAGUAGCUCAUACGAUAAUGAUCGGUGCUAACGUUGCGAGUCAAUCCUUUUCCAUUGUGGAUUUUGUGAUCUUGAUCCUCAUGCUCAUCAUAUCGAUGGGCAUUGGGGUAUAUCAUGGAUAUGCAAAUCGCAGGACAUUGAAGACUGAGGCUGAAUACCUGAUGGGUGGUCGAAAAAUGAGUGUGAUUCCAGUGGGAAUGAGUAUUCUGGCCAGUACACUGAGUGCCAUUGGUUUGAUGGGUGUUCAGACGGAGAUGUAUCUCUAUGGGAGCACCUUUGCUUUCUCCUUCUUCCCAUUUUUGCUCACAGCCCUCCUAUUCAACAAGUACAUCCUGCCCAUCUUCUAUUCGCUCAACAUCACCUCCAUGUACCACUAUCUCGAGAAGAGAUUCGACUGGCGAGUUCGUCUCUUCGGUUCUAUCUCUUUUCUCAUCCUCUCAACACUCUACAUGCCAAUUCUUCUGUACGUACCAAGUCUGUCACUCAAUCAAGUAACUGGCACCAAUGUACACAUCACAAGUUCUAUUUUGGUAUCAAUCGUUGUUCUUUACACCUGUAUAGGUGGCUUCCGUGCGACAGUAUGGACGGAUGUUUUUCAAACAAUCGCUAUGUUUGGGUCGAUAAUUGUGGUGCUAAUAAAAGGCACUAUGGAGAUAAGCGAAGAAAUUGGCUUUGAUGGCAUUUUCCGCAACACCUACGAGAGGGAUCGCUAUGAAUUUCCCACAUUUAACAUUGAUCCCACUAUACGGCACUCCUUCUGGUCCAUCACUUUCGGAGGCGUCGGCUACUGCGGUUACAUCUUCUGCAAUCAGAAUGUCGUCCAGCGGUAUCUGUCCCUGCCAACUAUGCAGAAAGUCCAUCGUGCAGCCUGGCUUUCCGUGGGCAUCUUUGUCACCAUCUACUUUCUCAGUAUCUACGGAGGAUCCUUGCUUCUGGCCACCUUCACUGACUGCGAUCCCAAGAUGGCUGGUUUCAUCCGGGAACACGAUCAGCUAAUCCCUUUCUUUGUGCUGCUCAUCUCCCGAAAUCUACCCGGACUAGCGGGAAUCUUUAUCGGAGGGAUGUUUUGUGCUGCACUCAGUUCAAUGUCCACUUUUCUCAACUCUAUGGCUGCUGUGGUACUCGAAGACUUCUUCAAACCCCUAGCCAGAAAGAAGCUCAGUAUGCGUGCCAAAAAUUGGAUCAUGAGGGGCGUUGUGGUUGUCUUUGGACUGCUCUGUAUCCCAUUAAUGGCCAUCGCUGAGAAAUCCAACACAAUCAUGCAGCUGACAAAUAGUUUUGAGGGGGUUACUAGUGGUUCCGUCCUAGGAAUCUUCAUCCUGGGCAUUUUCUUCCCCAGCAUCAACGGAAGCUGUGCCCUUACAGGAGGCAUCGCAGGACUGAUUCUCAUGGGGUGGAUUAGUUUUUCCGCCCAGAGUGCUAUUGCAGCUGGUGAUAUAGUGUUCGAGACAAAGCCUCUAUCUCAUGAAGCUUGUCCAGAUCUCUUCAACGUCACAGUCAAUCUCAAUGAGACAUCGUUAGAGACAGAAAGAUCUUAUGUGAUGCCUCUGUACCGAUUAUCCUACUUAUUUUAUAUUCCCCUGGGAAUUAUCACGACAAUGUCUGUGGCUUUCAUUAUGAGAUACCUAACUGGUGGCAACAAACCCGGAGAUGUGGAUUCAACCCUCAUUUCACGUCUUGUGCACUCGCGUGAUACAGACGUAAACGAAAUUGCCCAGAGUCAGAACAUUGUUGAGGAGAAGAUCGAUCUCAUGCCGAAAGACGAAAGGACGCUGUCCAAAGUUAAAAUAACAAAAUAGUAGUGAUUUUUUUUCUAUCGAUUACAUUAGCAAAUAUACUUGUUUUUAUUAGUUUUUUUCUCAUACUUUGUAUAAUUUUACAAUUGCAAGACAUAUUCAAUAAGUCAUACAGUAAAUUAAAUAAUAAAUAUAAUUAUAUUUUUCAAAUAUAUAAUAGAGAUUAGAAGAGGUGUGUUUAUAUAUUUUUCACUUAUCCACUAAAUUUUUUGUUCUUUUUUUCACUUUUUUUUUAUACUUACGCAAAUACUCUUUUAUUUUUGUUUUUUUUUCAUUAUUUUUGUGUUUCAUCUGCAUUCCAUUUUUUUUUCUUCUCCUUCAUCAUCAUGACUAAGUAUUAACACUGAAUUUAUAAGAUGAACGAACAAUAAUUUUGCACAUACGACAUUAAAUUAGUAAAUUAAAAAAUCAA